GCUAGCAUCGUUCAUCCUGGCCUCGACCAGGUUGGAUGGAUGAGAUGAUGAGAUGAUGCCAGAUCACAGAAAGCAAAGCGACAGCCCAAGCCAUAUAUUUCGAUACCAUCAGGAUUCACUGUUAUCAUUCAAUUUUUUUUCUCCAAGCAUCAAACUCCAAGCCAUAAGUUUCGCCCUGCCCUCCAACUCAUAAAUUUAGCAGUGGCGUCACGCGUCGUGUAAGUGGGCAAGAUGCCAACGCAACUCGACAAGGCAAUGAAGUCAAAGAAUGCGUUUCUAGCCUUCACGGGUUUAGUGACCGGUGUUGCUGUCUGGGCUAUCUAUGGAGGGGCCAUCUUUCCCAACGAGUCGGAUCCAAAAGGCGACCCAGAGACGUGGACAAGAGAGGAGAUGAGAAGGUGGCUCGCAGCGCGAAACCUCCACCCACAGGACUCGGAUACUCGAGAGCAGUUGCUUGAACGGGUUCAGGCGAACAUGAGGAUUGCAAGGAAGUGAUCGGAUGGUCAAAGUCUCUUUCACCCUGUGGGGCUUCUCAGAUCUUAAUGACCCAGCUGUCGAAGACGCGUCACGGUUUGUUACCUCGAUAUGCGAUUGAUCAACACAUAUGUAUGUCUACGAAGGUAGUUGGUUCGUUUCGCGCAGUGGCUAGGUGGUUGCAAGUCGGUUUCG